AUGUACCCCGCCUAUCCUCAGACCAUGCCUUCACCAAAGAGGCAAGGAGUGCCCUCUAUGAUUCUGGCUGUCGCUGGUACGACUUCUGGCCUCAGCAUCUCAUACUCCGCCUUCCGCUUCUUCAUGAGUCCCACCGCCAAGCUGAACACUGAUGAGAUCUUCCUGGUCGCUAAGAUGGCACCGCUGCUGGGCACAACGAGGCUGUUUCUCCAAGCAUUCUCACAGGACCUGCCCGACGACGAGUUUGGCAUCUUCUGUGCUUUCUGGGCCCAGUUCAUGUACUCGGCUCUGUACCUCAGUGGCCGCCCUAACGGCCUGCACACCGGCUACGCUCACCUUGCCAGCGCCAACACUUUGAUAUGCUCAGUCGGCCUCUUGGCAGCAAUCGAGAAGCGCUGGCGCGAGAUCUGGUCCAAGCCCGAGCCCGAGCCGGAAUGCGAGUACCGCGAUGCCGAGAAGUGUGAGGAGGACUUUGAGGAGGCCAUUCCCACCACUACAAUCUCCACCCCCCCAACGAAGGCCGGUAAUGCCGUUCGCGCCAUUCUCAUCUUCUUCGCUGUCUGGGCAGCCUACCGUUUCAUCCGCUUGGAGAUCAGCCUGAUUCCUCAAGGAUGGUCCACAAUCGAGGAUCUCGGCGUUCUCGACACCUUCAUCUCAAGCAUCCGCGGCACUCUAGUGACCGACCUCGCCUUGAUGGCUGUUCUCUUCGUUCUCACCGCCGUCCCCCUGACUGUCGCUAUCAAGGACCGGACUGUGUCCCUCUUCGACGUCUCUGGGUACGCCCUCGUUGGUCGCGUUGUUCUUCUCCUGCGUCAACUUUUCGAAAUGAUCUACAUCGGCCUUACCGCCUGCGUUAUUGUCACCGGAACCACCAUUGUGGCUCCCAUGGACUUUAUGAAGAUCGCCUUCUCUCUGCUGGGCGGUUGGGCUCUGUGCGGAGUGCUGGCCAUUGCAUAUGGAAAGCGCCCCAUCCCCCGUCGCAUUAUUAUUUAA